AUGGCAAUGCUAAUAUUGGGAAUGUUUGUAGGAAAGAGUGUUGCUGGGAAUGAUUACGAUCGGUGUUAUGUAACAUGCCUGGCAUACUGUCAAGAAUGGGUAGGAGCAUCUCUUUGUCCUGAUGAGUGUGAGAGAGAAUGUAAAUCGCCAGACCACAAUAAGGUUACCGCGGUUACUGCUCGUAACUACUGCAAGCUUGGUUGUGCAGCCAUGAAUUGUAACAAAAACAAUCCUCAAAAUCUUAAUGGAAAAGAAGCAAAAGAUUGUUACAAUGUUCACUGUGGUAAUGAAUGCACGAGGUAA